AUGACAUCAGCCGCGCACGCGAAGCCCAUCCACACGGCAGCAUGCCUCAUCAUCGGCGAUGAGGUUCUCGGUGGAAAGACCAUUGACACCAACUCGCCCUACCUAGCCAAGUUCUGCUUCUCCCUCGGCAUGCAGCUGAAAAGGGUUGAGGUCAUCCCUGACGACGAGGAGGACAUUGUUGAAGCUGUGCAGCGCAUGAGCUCGCGCUACGACUUCGUCGUGACCAGCGGCGGCAUCGGGCCCACACACGAUGACAUCACCUACUCCGCAAUCGCAAAGGCCUUCAACCUGAAGCUGCAGCUUCACCAGCCUGCCUUCGAGCGCAUGAAGCGCCUCUCCAAGCCACACCCCAUGCAGCCGAACUUCGACUGGGAGACGCCGUCGCCAGGCCUGAGCGCCAAGCUGCGCAUGGUCGAGCUGCCCUAUGACCCGAAGGUGUCUGCCGAGUCGCAGGCGCUCUUCGUCGCCGAUAAUCUGUGGGUGCCGAUUGCUGUGGUCAACGGCAACGUGCAUAUUCUGCCCGGUGUGCCGCGACUCUUUGAGCAGUUGCUUGAUAAUCUUAAGCCGUCUUUAAUUCCCCGGCUCACGGACCCUGAGGGCAAGGGCACGUUCCGAUUCUUGUUUAGCACGCCGCUGCCGGAGAGUGCGGUUGCGCCGUACUUGACUGAGCUUGCUGCGAAGGUUGAGUCCCGCGGUAUUAAGGUUGGCAGUUACCCGCGCUGGGGAAAGAAGCGUAAUACGGUUACCUUGGUUGGUGCAGAUAAGGCGUUCAUGGAGUCUUUGACGAAGGAGGUUGAGGAGAAUGUACAGGGUAAGCUCGUUACCAAGGAAGAUGAGCUGGAUCCUCCUUCCGACUCGGAGCAUAUUUACAGUCAGUAG